UGGCGGGGAAGGAGGGAAGGAAGGGAGCGAAGGAAACGAGGGGGAGGAAGGCGGCUCUCGCCGCACAUGCAUCCCCAGCCACACACCCCGCCGCCCGCGCCCCGCCUUGCGCCGUGCCCGCCCGGUGCCGGCAGCCGGCUCCGCUCGCCGCCGGUCGGGGCUCCGCACUGCCCGCCGCGCCGAGGCUGCGAUCCGCUCCGGGCCGGGGCGCCGAGGCUACGAUCCGCUCCGUGCUCGGCUGCCGGGGGUGUGUGGGGGGGGCUCCGCUCCGUGCUCGGCUGCCGGGGCGCUCCGCUCCGUGCUCGGCUACCGGGGCGAACCGCUCCGUGGUCUGCUGCCGGGGCGCUCCGCUCCGUGCCGGUGCGCCGCGCCGCCCGGGUGCCGCGCAGGAUGCCGCGGGAGGCCGAGCGCCCUGCGCGGGGGGGCCGCCGCGGCCGCCGCCCCAGGCUCCUGGGGAUGCUGCCGGCUGCCCUGCACCUCCCCGCGUGACCCAGCAGAGGAUGGAAGUGACCGGCAUCAGCUGGGCAAGGGACCCUUCGCCAGGUGCUGGGAUGUCGUCCCCCUGAAGAUGGGAGUUACAAAUGGGCUUGUGAACUGCACGUGCGGCACAGGCGCCUGCGCUGCCAGGCCCCUUGCGCAGUAGUCCAGGGCCACUGCAGGACACGCGGACGUCAGCCACCGCAGCUCAUCCUGUUAACUUCUCUGUGUAACCGUACGUGGAAAAGCUUCCCUUCGCUUCCUGUGAAUGAUGGUUGCGGGUGCCCGAUCCCCGCACACCACUGCGGAGCUCCCUGCCUGCUGGCAGGGUGGGCGGCAAACUGUGCGUGUCCCCUCUCCCCAGUGAGACCGGCGGCAGCCGAGCACGGAGCCGUGCAGGUCUGUCCCCGGGGACAAAUGCCAGCUGCCAGACUCUUCUCUGGAGACCCAGGAGCAGCCUGCGAGGCACCAGCACUGACUGCUCCCGCACCAGCAGCGGGCGGUCCGGGACGCCUGUCACAGAUGUGACUCCAGCCUGCUGGGACAGGAGUGCUCCAGCUGCGGGACACGGCAUGCAGCAGGGAUGGGGAUGCUCUGCGUUGACCUGUGUGCCCCGUGCUGCUAGCGUGGACUUUCCUCCUCCUCUUCCCUAAAGGAUGCUAAUUGCCUGUCCAAAAGCUACUGCUCAUGCAGCCUCCUAGAGUGCAAUGGCGAAGGGUCUGCAGGGCUUCUCGUGGACCAUGCUGCUGCUGUUCUGCGCCAUCCAGGAGCUGGGGGCCUGGGCCAUGCACACUGCGGUGGAGGGACCCGGCCUAGGGCAGCCAGGGGACCCUGCACUGCUGGCCAGCGGGCGAGUGAAGCGUGGCUGGGUCUGGAAUCAAUUCUUUGUGGUGGAGGAGUACACGGGCACGGAGCCGCUGUAUGUGGGGAAGAUCCACUCGGACUCGGAUGAGGGGGACGGCUCCAUCAAGUACACUAUCUCCGGGGAGGGCGCAGGGACUAUCUUCCUCAUCGAUGAGAUGACAGGUGACAUCCAUGCCACUGAGCGCCUGGACCGGGAGCAGAAAACCUUCUACACGCUGCGGGCUCAGGCUCGUGACCGGCAGACGGACCAGCUGCUGGAGCCCGAGUCUGAGUUCAUCAUCAAGGUGCAGGACAUCAACGACAGCGAGCCACGGUUCCUGGAGGGGCCCUACAUCGGCAGUGUGGCUGAGCUGUCCCCCAUCGGCACCUCUGUGAUGCAGGUGAUGGCAUCUGAUGCUGAUGACCCCACGUACGGGAGCAGUGCCCGGGUAGUCUACAGCGUGCUGGAGGGCGAGCAGCACUUUACUGUGGACAGUAAAACAGGUGUGAUCCGGACGGCCGUGGCUGACCUGGACCGUGAGACGCAGGACCGGUACGAGGUGGUGAUCCGUGCAACGGACAUGGCAGGACAGCUGGGUGGCUUGUCUGGAUCCACCACAGUCACCAUCGUAGUCACCGAUGUCAAUGACAACCCGCCACGCUUCCCUCAGAAGAUGUAUCAGUUCAGCAUUGUUGAAACUGCCCCUGUGGGCACUGCCAUCGGGAGGGUGAAGGCAGAGGACUCCGACGUCGGCGAGAACACGGACAUGACGUAUCAGGUGAAGGAUGAGGAGGGGGUGGAGAUGUUCAAAGUCACCACGGACAGCAAUACCCAAGAGGCUGUCAUCAUGGUGCAGAAGCCUCUUGACUACGAGUCGAAAAAAGUGCACACUGUCGUGGUGGAGGCCCUCAACAAGUUCGUGGACCCACGGUUCGUGGAUCUGGGCACCUUCCGGGACCAGACCAUUGUACGGGUCUCGGUGCUGGAUGUCGAUGAGCCCCCUGAGUUCCGGCCCCCCUCCAACCUGAUGGAGGUCCAGGAGGAUGCCCACAUUGGCUCUGUUGUGGGGGUGGUCACCGCCCUUGACCCAGACACAGCGAACCAUCCUGUCCGGUACGCCAUUGACCGCAGCACAGACACAGAGAGGAUCUUUGACAUCGAUGCCAACACAGGUGCCAUUGUGACAGGAAAGGUCCUGGACCGGGAGACGGCAGGGUGGCACAACAUCACUGUCCUGGCGAUGGAAGCAGAUAAUCACUCUCAGGUGUCGAGAGCCUCUCUCCGUAUCCGUAUCCUGGAUGUGAAUGACAAUCCGCCCGAGCUCGCCACCCCCUAUGAAGCUGCCGUGUGUGAGGAUGCCAAGCCAGGCCAGCUGAUCCAGACAAUAAGUGUUGUGGACCGUGAUGAGCCUCAGAGCGGCCAUCGUUUCUACUUCACGCUGGCACCUGAAGCCACCAACAACUACCAUUUUUCUCUGCUGGAUAUUAAGGACAACACAGCUGCGGUGCACACACAAAGAAUGGGCUUCAAUCGCCAGGAGCAAGAUGUGUACUUGCUCCCCAUUCUGGUGGUGGACAGCGGCCCCCCAGCCCUCAGCAGCACAGGGACUCUGACCAUCCGCAUCUGCGGCUGUGACAGCAACGGGGCCAUCCAGUCCUGCAACAGCACAGCCUACGUCGUAUCAGCUACGCUGAGCCCCGGCGCCCUCAUCGCGCUGUUGGUGUGCAUCCUCAUUCUGGUCGUGCUGGUCCUUCUGAUCCUCACGCUGAAGCGACACCACAAAAGCCACCUGACAUCCGAGGAUGACGAGGACAUGAGGGACAAUGUCAUCAAAUACAACGACGAAGGGGGUGGUGAGCAGGACACAGAGGCCUAUGACAUGUCAGCCCUGCGCAGCCUCUACGACUUCAGUGAGAUCAAAGGCGGUGACGGAGGCGGGGGGCUGGGAGAUGGGGGCCUGAGUGGAAACCUGGCUUCUGAGCUCCGUGCCCUCCCGCAGUGGGUGCAGAGCCCGGACCUGGACUUCUCCGUGUUCAGAGACUAUAUCUGCAAGAAGGUGGAGCAGGCAGACGAGGACCUCUCCGUGCCACCCUACGACUCGUUCCAGACCUACGCCUUCGAGGGCUCGGACUCCCCUGUGCCCUCCCUGAGCUCCAUCAACACCUGGUCCAGCGGCUCGGAGCAGGACUUCUCCUACCUGGGGGGCUGGGGGCCGCGUUUCCGGCAGCUGGCAGCGCUCUACGCUGGGCGCAGGGGCGAGGAGGACAGCGAAGAGUCCUAGCCAUCCCGCUAACCCCCUGCAAGGCUCCCGGCACCUCCUGGACCGGGGCUCUGUGCUGCAAGGGGACAGCGUGUGCCUCCGGCCGGGUUCCACAGCUGCCAGAGAGGGGCUGUGCCGAGGGGCCAGGGAGCACUGGGUGAUGUGCUCCUCCGAUGCUGCCUCCUGUUCCGGGCACCUCUGCACCCGCAUGGUGAGGCUGGAGUGCCCAAAGGAGCCACUGUGGUCAUCGUCAUCUCCUUAAUACCAGUCUCCAUUAAAGCACUACACAUUAAUUUAAGAAAGAGCAAAUCUAAUUCAAGAGAGUUUGGAGGGGGUUUCUCCCCCACAAAUUAUCAUUUAAAUAGAUCUGUUCAGUGAGCCCAGUUUAGGAGAGGAAAAGCAAACCGGGAGCCUUUUGUUGUCUAAAUUGUUUUUGUCACUUGAGUCAGAGCAUUUGAAGUGCUUUGAUUUCUUUAAGAGCUUUCUUUGCAGAGGGAAGCAAGCUUUUAACUUCUGUUCAGCUUUUUUCCCCCUUAAGUUUGCUCGCUUUUUGGAGUCGUCCUUUUCUCUGCAUGUGGGCUCCUCGGCAGGGCCCAGCUGCUGGCACGGCAUCGGAGGGAGCGUGCCACACUGGGGAUGUGCGUGCUGGAUGCGGGCUCCAAGGUCACGUCCUGCACAGAGCAACCCUGCACGGGAGUUCACUUCAAAACACACUUUGCCUCUAAGCUGCAAUUGCUUCGCCUCUCAGUUCUGAGACCUUUCUUGUGGUUAUCAAAGAUGCCUGUGAUUCGAAGGGGCUCUCCCUCCCUGCACAGCGGAUGUUGUCAUCGAGGUCCCGACGUGCCCCACGGCCCCGGUGAUGGACGGGGACAUCCCACCCGCCGCCGAGGCACGGUGCUCUGGUCUGAGGUGCAGAGCAGCCGCAGUGCUGGGGAGCGCUGUCAGUGGCACUCCCGGGGUCUGCUCUGCUUACACCUAGCUGACAGCAAAGCAUCACGGUUGGCGAUAGAAAAGCCAUCCCCAGGACAUGUGUGUGAGGCCAGAUCCUGUUGGUGCUGUCACACGGCUGAGCUGGUUGCUGUAGGCUGGGCAGCGGGUCUGUGACACCUCAGGGUACCCGGGGUGUCGUCCCCCCCCCAGCACAGUGCCCCGCAAGAGCUCCUGCAGCAGGGCUGCCCGUGCCAUUGCUCCUCGGGCUGCAGGUGAUGCUGGAGGAAAGCGCUCAGUGCCCUGCACCUUUCCAGCCUGCUGACUUCCCCCCACGGUAAACUGAGCAGCACGUUGAGCAACGCCCGCGGGCAGCUUCUCAGGCCAUGCUGGCUAGUGCAGCUCCUUAUCUGUUAAUGCUGGGAAAAAAAAAAUCAGUUAUAUCAUUGAUAGGUAACCGAUAAGGUUUCCCAAGGCCUGACACAUCCUGGGCUUGUCAUUGGGUUUGUCCUUUUAGUUUAGCCACAGAUAGUGUUUACUCUCCUUGGAGAAGGUUUAACUGUAAAUGUACAUGCGUGUUCAUUUUUUACUGUGUUUUGCUUCCCGGCUGCUGGUGUUGGUCCUUUGGCUCAGCGCGAGCCCUGACAGCAGAGGGGCAGGACACGUCUUUGCCACGACUCCUGCCCUCGGCUGCUCCUGCCCGCUGCUGCCGCGUCCGCCCACGCGGGAGCCGCAGCUUGGCUUUCGCGCUGGGACCGGGAGCUGCUCGCUUCUCAGGGUCUCUCCAGUCUCCCCCAAGGAGGUGGCGGGCGCCCCGCUGCCGGCACCCGCACCCCAGCGUGCUGCUGGUUCACUGUGACGAUGCCGGGGAGGCAGCGGGGCCAACAGGCUCCUUCCCACUGGCCCUCGAGCGCUGGUUCUGGCCAGGUGAUGCCCCGGAGCAGGAGAAUGGAGCAAGCCCUCUCUUUCCUCAGGAACGUGUUCGUGUUUUCCCUCAGCCUCCAGGCUGAAGAGCUGUGCCCGAGCCCCUCCGGAGCUGGCCCUUCCUCUAGCAAAAGUGUUGUGCAAUAGCAGGGCUCUGUCCGUAGGAGAUGGGGUCUGACAGGGUACGUGUUUAGCAACCCUCCCACCGGGUUUUUCCCCAUCCCUGACCAGCCAGUCCCCCCCAACGCGCAUGCACGCACGCUUGCGUUUUAAUUUCUAUCCCACAUGUAAAUACGGGAGGAGCGUGGUGCCGAGCGAGCCGGCCGUUCCGCGCGGCGCUGCCCCGCACUCCCUGCCCACCCGCACCCGGCAGAGGAGCUGGCAGCUGCCACAGCGUCUGAUGGAGUCACUUUGGUUUUCUUUCUCUACCCAAAUGAAAUUAGGAGGUUGAUUUCCUCACCCUUGUUAUUUUUUCAAGGUCUUUCUAGGACCUGGAAAUAAAUUAUUUCCUUGUCGUCUA